GUAUAUAUUCCUUAGCUUAUUCACAAACGAUGUUCAAGAAAAAUUAAAGAUAUACUUCAUAUAUAUACAUUGGUUGAUUAUGGAUACAGAAAAGGUGGGGAAUGGCAUGAGAGUGAUGAUGUUCCCAUGGUUGGCUGUAGGACACAUUACGCCAUCCUUGGAGCUCGCCAAGAAAUUAUCCGACAGAGGCUUUUUUGUCCUCCUAUGUUCCACCCCAAUCAACCUUAGUUUCAUCAAAAACAAGAUUCCCGAGAAAUACUCUUCUUCAGUCCAGUUAGUGGACCUUCACUUGCCGGAAUUACCAGAUCUCCCUCCUCACUAUCACACCACCAAUGGCCUCCCACUCCAUCUCAACUCCACCCUCCAUAAAGCCGUUGAAAUGGCCGAGCCCGCUUUCUCCGACAUCGUGGGAACCAUGAAACCACACUUGCUGAUCUAUGAUUUCAUGCAGCCAUGGGCAGCAGCCAUAGCCAAGUCACAUAAUGUCCCGGCCAUCCGAUUCAUCACUUCGGGUUCGGCCACGUUUUCCUAUGCUUUCCACGCAUUUUUCAGGCAGACCGCCGAGUUUCCUUUCCCGGAAAUCACUCCAAGCACCUACGACCAAGAAAGGUUAGAGAAGCUUUUUGCUGAAAUAAAAAGUAGCAUAAAUGGCAGCGAGGAUAAGAACAUGAUUGUGAUGGGUACCUCAAGAGAAAUAGAGGGGAAUAAGUAUUUGGAUUACAUGAGUGAAUUAACCGGUUGCAAGAUUUUAACAGUCGGUACCCUAGUUCAGAAGCAUCAUCAAGAUGAAGGGCGUUUUGGGCCGUUGAUGGAAUGGUUAGGAAGGAAAGAGGAGAAAUCGACGGUGUUUGUUUCCUUUGGGAGUGAGUAUUUUCUGUCACAUCAUGAAAUGCAAGAGGUAGCCAUUGGGUUAGAGAAAAGUAGGGUGAACUUCAUUUGGGUAGUAAGGUUUCCUCAAAAUGCAAGUGAAAUGACCACAAAAACCCCUAUGAAUCUUCUUGAAGCAGCACUGCCGGAGGGCUUUCUUGAGAGGGUUGGAGAUAGAGGGAGAGUGGUGGAAAGAUGGGCACCACAAAUAAGAAUUUUGUCACACCCCAGCAUUGGAGGGUUCAUGAGCCAUUGUGGGUGGAACUCUGUAAUGGAGAGUAUUGAAUGUGGUGUUCCAAUCAUAGCCAUGCCCAUGCAUCUUGACCAACCUGUAAAUGCUAAAUUGAUUGUGAAUAUUGGUGUUGGGGUUGAGGUUGUGAAGGACGAUACUGGAAAGUAUCAUAGCGAAGAAGUGGCUCGAGCUUGUGAUGAAGCUGUUCUCGGAAGAGGUUCAGAAAAUUUGCGGAGGAAUGUGAAAUUGAUGGGUGACAAUGCAAGGGUUAAAAGCGCAAAAGAGAUUGAUGAAGUUUCUAUAUUGCUCACACAACUUUUUUGUCCAUAAUAAUACAAACUAUCGAUCAUUAUGCCAAUAAAACUAUAAUGUUUUAUUAUCUAUUUAAUUUUUUUCUUUGAUUUUGAAUAUCAAACUUGUAUUAUAUCUAUAUAUGUUCGAUUGUUUGUGAUUAAUAAAUAAAAUGUCGAAAUCUAAUUUUAAAAUCUUGGGCAUGCCAUCACAAGUUUGAUAUGAUUAUGUAUGAUUCUUAAUUUCCUAGCUAGCACCGCUGGAUAAGCUCCUCGAUCGCUAUCUGGAGGGCGUGACAAUGCUUCGUCGCAUGCCCCUUCUGCUUGUGGUACUGGCAGAAAGCAUUAUUGUUACCCAUGUAGGCAUCAUGGUCUGGAAUUGGAGUGAUAGAUGGAGGCAAUAAUAGAGAGGACGAGCGGGGUGAACCACUUCAGAUUGGGAAUCGGCGCAACUGUUGGAAUUGGCCCGAGCCGAUCAGCCAAUUUUAAAGGUGCAAUCGAUGGGAUCUUAUCCCUAAUGAUGAUCUCUUCGAUGGCCGCAUAUCUUCGGGCCCUGUCUAAUACUUCGGCAUAUAUAACUGGUGCCUGGAUCCUUCUUCAAAUCUCGAUAUAAAUACAUUUUUGAGUACAUUUUUUCACUUGUCUAA